UUAUGUCACCUUACAGUAGCAGUCGGUAAGCAAACAGAUUGGAAGCAAAAAGUCAAAAACUGCUAUAAAGUGGUGGGGAGUCGAUAAUACGAAAUUACGCUUGAAAAAGGGUUUUCUUAACCUGGACCUCAGAUGGAAAGCUCUACUCAAAUUUCCAUCCUUGCUAGGCAAUUUGAUGACCUAUGUAAAGGUUUCAACAACCUCAUUGAAGAUUUUAGAAGGUAUGCUGUGAAUCAAGAAAACUGUCAAAUCAAAUGGCUUGAGGCUGAGGAUGAAGUGAGGCACCUGAAGAAUCAACUAAAUGAUGCCAAUCAGGUGAAUUCAAAGCUGCAGGCUCAGUACCAUCAAACAACUGUCCUUUUGAAAAAUGAAGUUAAAGUUCGAACUCAUCUCCAGGAGGAGAAGAAAACUCUGGAAAAGAAGCUCAAAUCAUCCAAAGAAAGGGCUGGCCCAGCUGAAAACAAUGCUGAACCUCCCAGAAGAAAUCGUCACUCAAUGCCAGGGAUGUGUCCGCCGUCUCGAGAUUGGUUGUGCAACGAAAAUGUCAGCGAUUCAAACAGCAUGGGGACAUCGUCGAUCGCCUCUGAAAUUAUUAAUGAGGAAACGAAUCGCGAUAGUGAGCUGCCACCCUCGAGUGCACGAUCAAGUCGAAUUUCAACCCGUUCGAACCGUCCAUCAGGUUUUGACUCGUACCUCACGACUGAUGGGGGUUUCAAACGCAGAUCUCGACGUGACGGAGUCCUUGAUACAUCAUGUAGUGAGCGUCUCAUCGCCACGACUACAGUAUCGAUUCCCAUAAAAGGAGGUCCUAUCACAGCUACUUCAGUUAUUGAAACAAGUCCUGAAACAUGUGAAAUGACAGAGGAAAUCAAUUCUUCUUUCGGUAAGAAACGAAGAGUGCGUAUCGACAGCCAUCAGCAGUUGGAGAAUGAGCCCGAUAUAGCUCCUAGUGCCCCUUCACAAAGUUUGUUGGAGCCACCCAAAAAUCGAUUUAUCAUGAGUGAAACAUCUCCUACAGUAAAUGGUAGAAGGAGUACCAGUGUGCCGGCAACGGCUCGCCUUUCCGAAGGGCAGGGGGCAGCUUAUCUACGCCCUGUGGCAUCUGGAGGGCGGCUUUCUCUCAAUCAGCGCCGACACAAUUUCAGUCAAAAGACGAUUAUUAAGUCGGAAAAUUGCCUUCCGUGCGGGAACAGAAUUAAGUUUGGAAAGCUGGCUUUCAAAUGCUCCGAUUGUCGCGCUACUUGUCAUGUGGACUGCAAGACUCGUAUGCCUCAAAUUUGUGUCCCAACGACACAAGCUUCCAUCAGUAGAGGAUUAGCCGGAACUUUGGCUGACUUUGCACCGUUGACAGUCCCCAUGAUACCCAGUCUGAUUGUCCACUGUGUGAAUGAAGUUGAGCGCAGAGGAAUGAAAGAAGUGGCUCUUUAUCGCGUCAAUGGUUCCGAAAAAGAGAUAACCGAUUUAAAGGAAGAAAUGGUGCGAGGCAAGAUGCAGCCUCAACGCCUAGCGCAAGUGAAUAUUCAUGUCGUGACUGGUGCAUUAAAGUUGUUUUUACGUACACUUAAGGAACCCCUCAUCACUUUCACGUUAUGGAAAAGCUUUGCUGGCAUUUGCGAUCUUGAUGAAGAGAUGGAUGUCCAAACAGCAUUGUACGCUCUUAUACCAGAGCUUCCGCGCCCCAAUCGGGAUACGCUCGCUUAUCUUAUUCUUCACAUUCAAAAGGUGGCUGAUACUCCCGAGUGUAAAAUGCUCGCAUCUAGUUUGGCUAGGGUGUUUGGUCCAAUUAUUAUAGGCCAUUCUCGCCCUAAUCCGGAUGUCGAGUUAACUUUAAAAGAAACAAAAAAACAAGCUUGCAUCAUGGAGAAAUUGUUGCAGAUUCCGAGUGAUUAUUGGUGUCGCUUCAUCAUGACGGACCAUUAGUGCUCAACUUCUGCAUCUCCGUUGGUGUAGUGCUUAUCUUUGUGUUAAGACUUGAUAAGUUUGCAGUUUACAACAAUUUUCAAGGUAACUGCAUGCUUCAAACUUUGUUAUUCGAACGGUUAAACUGCAUUGAAGUUUCCCCUUCCCUGUUUUACAAUCAAGUUGCAAUGUUCACCCCCAUCAAGUUAAACCUUUGAUAUGUAACUAGACAUGACUACAUGUUUAGGGACGUUGACCAAAAACCAUUUUACCGCAAACAAUUAUUUGACGAGUCAUUAGGAAUGGUGUUGACCCAAAAACAAUGUACGUUCGCGUUACGCGGAAAAUUAAACGCAUGGCUGUUAGUUCCCUAUCAAAUUGAUUUCAUUUUGUCGCUUUCCGCUUGGAGAGAGUUUCAUUUACGUCAGUAUAAGUUCAGUUUAUACAGUGGACUGGCUUAUCUGAUUGUCAUGUUGUCAUCCGUUUUGAAUUGCAUAUGUGGUAUUAUUACUUUCCUUGUCCCAAAUUCACCACAACAUCUUGUUUUCAUUGUUUUUAACACCCAACGUUUUUUUUUUUUACCGCAAUAUAAUCUUGUCCUGAA